AUGUCAGAGCUACGAGACAUCGACGAAAUCGGAGACGGCUAUUACUUACCUCAUUAUGGCGUCACAAAGGUCACUAGCAAAACCACUAAAUUGCAAGUUGUAUUCGACAGUUCAGCAGCAACAACAACCGGUAUUUCGCUCAACGAAACUUUACACAUCGGGCCUAAAAUUCAGGGAGAUUUAUUACACAUCCUCAUUAGGUUUAGAAGUCAUCGUUUUGUUUUGAUCGGAGAUAUCGAAAAAAUGUAUCGACAAUUCAUUGUUCGUCCGAAAAACCGGAAGUACCAACGAAUCAUUUGGCGCGAUCCCGUCGGAGAAUUGAAAACUUACGAAUUGAACACAGUCACCUACGGUCUAUCAGCGAUGCCAUAUUUAGCCAUUCGCUGCCUUUCAUCAAAUUCUAGCACGGGACUUUUACGUGGACGAUCUACUUACAGGAACUUCAACAAUAGAGGAAGCGUUAACCUUACGAGAACAGAUGAUUCAAUCGAGGGGGAAUCAUCUACUAUAAAGACUUUCGGGGUCAUCUGGGAAUUCACUGAUGAUGCAAUCUGA